GACCCACGUUCUGGUCGUCAAUUGUGCUGGAUGGCAUCACCGACGUGAUACUCGAUCCGGUAACGAAAAUUGGGCUCGGCUUGAUGAUGUGGCUAUGGAGAGUUGAUGACUGCGAAGCUGUGCACUGCGACGCCGAGCAUUGCCUAUUAUCUAGAAUACCUGGAGUUUCAACGGGACCCAUUGCUGCGCUGUCCGGGUUCGCUCUCGACUCCAGCUAUAAAGCUCUUUCUAAGAUGCAGCGCGGCUUGAAUGAUAUGACCAAGGUUGUCUUGCGGAGUCUUCUCGGACCUGUGGCUUGCAGUUUCAGGACCUCGUCUAUGCGGCCACAGAGCGAGCAGCAUGCACCACAUGGCUUCGUGUGUGUGCACAAAGUCAUGCAAGGCGAGCUAAGGGAUCUGUGGAAGGACAAGGAACUGCCUUACCAAAUGUAUGAGAUUGUGUGGUGGAGGAUGUUGACUUGUGGUAGCUGUGGCUGUGACGGCGCUGAAGUUUGGCCAGCCUGUCGCAAACGACAUGAGAUGCUCAACGACUCCUUGCCUGGUUCUUCGGUAGCUGAGGCCGAGAGUGUGUGCGAUUGAAACCAAAGCGUGCUGUGCGCAUUGGUUGUUGGAAGAGGCAUUGCGAAACAAGGCGGCCGUCACUAACAGAUAUCACCACUGGGUAGUAUCUACAGAGCUCGAUAGCUGUCUCACUCACGUUCAGCGCCAGGGGACCGCUAUGAGUACACAGAAUAGAGUGCUAGCCAUAAUCGUACAGCAUCCACGAAAGCGAUGCGCCUCCGUCCGUAGACUCAAGGGCUCUGGUUAUUAUUGUCUUAACACACGCGGAUUUCGCAAGCAAGCGGAGCAUCUGCGUCGUCCAGCCUUCAAUCUACAUAAUCAUCACCGUUCAGAUCUUCACGGAGCGUAG